AUGCAUCAAAAACAAUUGGCUGGAGUGUCGUUAUUUGUCUUGGACUAUCGUUUCAUUCUAUUGCACGGCUAUGUCUCCUUGAUUUUUCAGGAGAUUAAAUUGUUCCGUACAAAUCUUUCACUUUUGUGCAAUUUCGACUGGGUUCCUGUGCCAAUCGCAUAUCCACAGGUUGUCUUUCUCGCUGUUCGUGUAUAUUUCUCCAUAUGUCUCAUUUCGCGUCAAUUCAUAUUGGGAGAGAAUGCUUCAAACAAAAGCGUGAUUGACCUCUAUGUGCCGUUUAUGACAAUUCUCCAGUUCAUUUUCUUUGUCGGCUGGAUGAAGGUGGCCGAAGCACUUCUCAACCCACUUGGUGAAGAUGAUGAUGAUUUUGAAUGCAACUUUCUAAUUGAUAAGAAUAUCGCUACCGGCUUGUCGAUUGUGGACGAAACCUACGACUACUGUCCACCUCUCUUUCCCGAUCGUUUCAUGGAUCCUAACUACGUACCUGUCUAUUCUGAAGAUAGCCAAAAGAAUGGUCAUGACAAUGUGCUUGUGGGAUCGGCCGAAGGAAUUAAAUUAGCUGAUUCCAACGAGAACGUGAAGAUGGUCUCUGUCAGCAUAAGAGGAUCACAAAACGACAUUCGCGUAAAAGUUGAAUGUCUAGCCAAUUGA